AUGGAGGGGGAGAAUGGCACCAUGGUGACGCACUUUGUAUUGCUUGGCCUCACCGAGACCCAGGAGCUGCAGCUGGUCCUCUUCGCCCUCUUCUCCAUCAUUUACCUGCUGAUCCUGGUGGGGAAUGUCCUCAUCAUGGUGACGGUGGUCAACGACCGGCACCUCCACACCCCUAUGUACUUUUUCCUCGGGAACCUCUCCUUCAUCGACAUCUGCCACGCUUCGGUCACGGCCCCCAAGAUGCUGGCUGAUCUCCUCUCUGCGGAGAAGACCAUCUCCUUCGGGGGCUGCAUAGCCCAACUUUUCUUCCUCCACCUCUGCGCCUGUGCCGAGAUCUUUCUCCUGACCGCCAUGGCCUACGACCGCUACGUGGCCAUCUGUCACCCGCUGCAGUACCCCUCACUCAUGAGUCUGCAAGCCUGCACCUGGCUGGUGGGGGCCCUGUGGUCUGGAGCCACUGUCCACUCCCUGGUGCAGACCGUGCUCACCGUCCGGCUGCCCUACUGUGGCCCCAAUGUCAUCGAUAGCUUCUUCUGCGACGUGCCGCCUGUCAUCAAGCUGGCCUGCACUGACACCUACCUGACAGGGGUGCUGAUCGUCUCUAACAGUGGCAUGAUCUCUCUCACCUGCUUCCUGGCCCUGCUAGGCUCCUAUCUGGUGAUCCUGGUCUCUCUGCAGAGCCGGAGCAUUGAAGGGCGGCGCAAAGCGCUCUCCACCUGUGGUUCCCACUUGGCGGUGGUGGCGUUGUUCUUUGGGCCGUGCAUAUUCAUCUACACCCGCCCUACCACCAGCUUCUCGCUGGACAAGGUUGUGUCGGUUUUCUACACGGUGGUGACCCCGGUGCUCAACCCGGUGAUCUACACCCUAAGGAACCAAGAGGUUAAGGGGGCCAUGAGGAAACUGAGGGAGAGACAGAUUUUCUCCAGGGGGAAAUAGGAUAAUGUCCAGACAGAUGGGGUCCAUAUGGAGGAGAACCCUCCAAGGUAGGAAUGGACCAGUGCAUGGGGAAAUGGGGUCCAAAGGGAUGGAUUGGAAGACACACAAACAUAAAUACACAAACACACAUUAACACCGAACACAUUUUUUCUUUAUUGUGAUUACCAACAACCAAUAAAGCUGAGCUGAUGUAAGUCCAAGGGAAUGUAACAAAAAAGCAGGAAGGGAAGGAAAGCUCUCCUGGGUCCCAGCUGGACACAGAGUCCGAUGCACUGAGCACAUGCUAUCAGCUGAUAUUAUCCCCGGGCUUAACUGCUCCAAAGGCCCGAGCUCGCGCGAUUAAAGUUACCUAUUCGUUAAAGUUCUGUGGAGCCAGGAGCGCCAGGAAACUCCAGCUGUGGAAUUCUCCUCCGCGCAUUCUCUGCUCCCCGCCAUAUUUCACCAGGAGCUAGAAGAGAUUUUACUUUGGAAUCUGUCACACAAUCAGGGUCUGCUCAAUAGAGCACGUAGGGGGCCCAGGACUGGCCUAGCAGGGGACUAUGGUUUGGGA